AUGAAUGUUGUCCCUCUGUUGCAUACACUCUCUCUCUUGCCACAGAAGCCCUCUCUGAACGCGGCCCAUGAUGCAGCACAGAAGGUGCUAGAUGCAGCCACUCAGCAGCAGAAGAGCCGAUUUCCUCAAAUGCAAAAUACUCCCUUCAGCCAAUCACUCACAUCAGGAGGUAAACCCAACCUGUCUACAGUUACCACAGUGUCACCGCCAAUGUUAACGCAGCAACAAGUUCCACCUCAGCAGCCACCGCAGCAACCACAAGUCCCACCACAAGGUCCACCUGCACCCAACCAGCAACCUCCUCAGGCCCCUCAGCCACAGCCCACCAAUCAGCAGACGCCGCCAACAACACAGCCUGGCAUGGCAGCUCUACCUGCACCUCCAGCUGGGGCACAGCAAGGUGUUGCCAAUAAGGUUGUAGCAUGGAGUGGAGUUCUAGAAUGGCAGGAG